AUGACUGUGAGGAGGAGCAGCUCUGUCUCUCUGGUUUGUCUCGGGGUGGCUUUCAUCCUCGUCGGUCCGUGUCAGUCGGCCUGUCGGGAAACAGGUAUGUGUUGCACCGGCCGGGACCAGUCAUGCAUCAGCAAAGGAUGGAGGUCUGACCGGUCCUAUGGCACCUGCUACUGCGACCAAGCCUGUGUGUCCACCCUGGACUGCUGCCACGACUAUGAAACAGCCUGCCCAGCGCUGUCCUGUGUGGUGAGCGACUGGACGGGGUGGUCAGGCUGUGCCGAGGCCUGCAGGGCCACAGUCCGAAGGCGGAGCAGGACCAUCCUGCAGGAGCCGCUCAACGCAGGGAAACCCUGUCCCCAUCUGGAGGAGCAUGCUGGCUGCGCAGAGUACUGGUCUCAGCAAGGGAAUUGUCACAACCCACCUGUCCCAGCAUUGAUUAUCACGGGUGGCUAUGGCAACGCCAGGAAGAAAAGAGACAUCCCUGACAGCAGCAACAUUAUAGGGUAUUGUGUCCAGUUUCAGUUGACCUCUCUGACAAAAGGAUGCCAGCAGAGUUCGGGCCCACACACCCAGUGGAUGCAGCACCUGAGGGAAGGGCACCGUGUGUGUGUGGAGUGCCAGCCGCCCGCUCUCGCUGCUGGACAGACACACUGUGCCGGAGACGGAGAGGAAAACGACGAGGGCAGAAGACAGUCUCUCCAGUGGCAGGCGGUGGGAAACCCUCGAUGCAGGGGUGUGUGGAGGCAUGUUGGGAGGCUGGAGUCCUGCUCCUGCCCAACAGCCCACAGCUUUCUUUUCAUUUAACAUCCUCCUUCCUGCUGUUAGGCUCCCCGCUGUACACAUUUACUCAGACUCUGAACAUAAUAAUUAGGAACCAGCCAGAAUAAUAAACAAUGGUCGCUAAAUCUGUUUUAUUAAAGAGUUCUGGUCAAUGCUCAGUUGUGCCUUCUUCUCCAGAUGAGUGCAACUACAUCUACAUAUUUUAUUAAUAUGGCUGAAUAUGUGCCAAUGAAAAUUCCUAUUUCCUAAUCAGAUAAUAAUAAUAUCCUUACUGCUCAAGAAAAAAACUAUUUUGGUUUGCAUCAAAAACGGCAAAUUAACAGUGAAAUGAAAGUCAGAAAUUCCUAAUCAAAAUGUAAAGUGAUCUGAUUUAUUUCAUUGAAGUCAUCCAAGGGAAAUGUUGCUUUUCUUAAGAAAUAGAAAUAUCUUGGGACAUUGAGACACUUUUUUUUACAUGACAAGUACUGGCUCUGUGUGAAUCACAACCAGUCACAACGCCAAAGUUACAACAUGCACUGAACAAUAGAACAUUUAUACAGAAACAACAGCAUAGAAAGUCAACAGGUAAAAAUGUUUUUGUUUUUUUUACAAAACAGACAGCCUCGGGACCUACAAACAACAUUGUAUAAGAGCUGGCUAAGGUCGUUCAAAUAUCUUUUUUCAUUUCCCUGGUAACAGUGUACUUUACAAAGACUGAUGGCUUAGGCAAGGUUGGGGUCAAUUCCACUGAGAACU